AGCGUGCAGUCCUUCUGAGCCGACACGGUGUCAACUGUAGCCAUGACCAUGGGCAAGAUCAUCUUCUACGAGGACAGGAACUUCCAGGGACGUUCCUAUGAGACCAGCAGCGAUUGCGCUGACAUGUCCUCCUACCUGAGCAGGUGUCACUCCUGCAGGGUGGAGAGCGGCUGCUUCAUGGUCUACGACCGCACCAACUACAUGGGAAACCAGUUCUUCGUCAGGAGGGGCGAGUACUCUGACUACCAGCGCAUGGGCAUGAGCGACUGCAUCAGGUCCUGCAGGAUGAUCCCCAUGCACAGAGGCCAGUUCAGGAUGAGGAUCUACGAGAGGGAGAACUUCGGCGGUCAGAUGAACGAGCUGAUGGACGACUGUGACAACAUGAUGGACCGCUACCGCAUGUCCGACUGCAUGUCCUGCAAUGUGAUGGACGGCCACUGGCUGAUGUACGAGCAGCCCCACUACAGAGGCAGGAUGAUGUACCUGAGGCCCGGAGAGUACCGCAGCUUCAGGGACAUGGGAAUGAGCGGCACGAGGUUCAUGAGCAUGAGGCGCAUCAUGGAUUCCUGUUAUUAGAGCAGCCAUGUCAAACCAAAAGCACAAUUUUAAAUAAAACUCUAGUUUUAAUCUU